UCAGCUGACCGUGGGCCGGUCUGGUGACUGUCAAACCCCUGAUUCUCGCAACGUGACCCGGACAACCAGCACCAGGCCGAGACGGGUCUCUGUGUCCCCGUUACCGGAGCUGCUGACCUGGUAAAAACUAGCUCCUAACCCCGGUCUUCAGCUGGAGGCCCGGAUCAUUAGCUUAGCUUAAGCUAGCCGAGCUCGUCGCUCACAGAGCCGCGGACCCACCACAACACACUCCCCCGGUUGGUCCCACUCCAAGGCCGGUCAGCCGGUCGUUUCUACCCGGAGUCUUUGUGUCCUCCAGCCGGCAGCCAUGGCUCUGUUGGACCUCGCCAUGCAGGGACUCUCCGUGUUCGGCUUCAUCCUGUUCUUCGUGCUGUGGCUGAUGCACUUCAUGUCCAUCAUCUAUGUGCGUCUCCAUCUGCACAAGAAAAGGUCGGAGGUCAAACAGCCGUUUGGGCAGCUGGCAGGAGUUUCUUUGCUCAAGCCGCUGAAGGGAGUCGACCCAAACCUGAUCUCCAACCUGGAGACAUUUUUUACACUGGAUUACCCCAAGUAUGAGAUCCUGCUGUGCGUUCAGGAUCAAGAUGAUCCAGCCGUUGACGUUUGUAAAAAGUUGUUGGGCAAAUAUCCCAACGUAGAUGCUCGAUUAUUCAUUGGGGGGAAGAAAGUUGGAAUCAACCCCAAGAUCAACAACCUGAUGCCGGGCUAUGAAGGAGCCAAAUACGGCCUGGUCUGGAUCUGUGACAGCGGCAUCAGAGUGAAACCUGACACCCUGACAGAUAUGACCAAUCAGAUGACAGAGAAGGUGGGAUUGGUCCAUGGGUUACCGUAUGUUGCCGACCGGCAAGGAUUUGCCGGCACACUGGAGCAGGUAUAUUUUGGGACUUCCCACCCUCGCUCCUACAUCUCUGCUAAUGUGACGGGGAUAAAGUGCGUGACGGGGAUGUCGUGUCUGAUGAGGAAGGACGUGUUAGAUCAAGCCGGCGGAUUGGUCGCCUUCGCUCAGUACAUCGCCGAGGAUUACUUCAUGGCUAAAGCCAUCGCUGACAGAGGCUGGAAGUUCUCCAUGGCAACACAGGUGGCGCUGCAGAACUCUGGAUCGUACUCGAUUGGCCAGUUCCAGUCACGAAUGAUCAGGUGGACGAAGUUGAGGGUCAACAUGCUUCCUGGCACCGUGCUGGAGCCCGUCUCCGAGUGUUUCCUGGCGAGCCUCAUCAUUGGCUGGGCUGCUCAUUAUGUGUUCAGGUGGGACAUGAUGGUGUUCUUCAUGUGUCACUGUCUCGCCUGGUUCAUAUCGGACUACAUCCAGCUGACUGGUGUUCAGGGCGGCCUGCUGUGCUUCUCUAAGCUGGACUUCGCAGUGGCGUGGUUCAUCAGGGAGUCCAUGGCCGUGCAGAUCUUCCUGUCGGCUCUGUGGGACCCGACCAUCAGCUGGAGGACCGGUCGGUACCGGCUGCGCUGCGGUGGCACCGCCGAGGAGAUCCUCGACGUCUAGUUACCAGGGCAACCAGCUGCAGCUUCCGCCUCCUCUUCCUCACUACCCCGAGGAGGAGGACAGAAAGAGACUGUGUGUGUGUGUGUGUGUGUGUGUGUGUGUGUGUGUGUGUGUGUGUUUUUAACUAUUUAUGUUUUUUUGGUGCUAAAACUAAACGAUGCCAGAACAAGCCAAUGAGAGAGCAGGAUGGGAGUUAAAGAAGUGAGGGAGUGAUGCGUCGCACUGAAUCGUCAUCAGCCAAUCAGGAGAGAGGAAGAAGAAUUCCCUCUCCUGAUUGGCUUUUGAGUGUUUGUGAAUUUUUAUUUUUUUUAUGGAAUCAAAAUAAUUACAACUGAGAAUGAAAGGGAGACGUUUCAUCACUACUGAAUACUUAAUAUUUAUGUUUAAAUACAACAUAAUUCAUAGUAUAGACAUAUUUCUGUCUUUGUAAUAUUUCCAUAAAGUUAUUCACUUAAAUUCAGAUGGUUUUCAAACUAAAAUCUUUUGGUUCUAUAAACGACAUGUUUAAAAGUAUUCAGUGGUGGUUGAAGAGUUCAGUUCAUUCAUUAUUACACAAGUUAUUUGCUUUCAUCAUUUUUCCAAUGAGAAAAAAAAAAAGAUUUUUGGCCAAAAAACAAAAAAAGACAAAAGAGCCUAAAAAUUAAAAGCCGGUUAUUAUUCAUGGAAAGAAUUAACAAAGAAAAACAAAGUGAGACGUUUUCUUGGAGACUGAAGUCACUGAUUCAAACAGAAUAUAAUAUUAUUAUUUUAUAUAUAUAUAAUUAUUAUUAUAAUAUAAUGUGGAGGUUUUUAGUGAAUCACUAUUAGAACAAUUUGAUUAAUCAGAAACCAAACACUGGAGAUCAUCUACGUCUCUUUAUUCC